GAUAUCAAAAAGCUACAAUUCCACAUCAGAAAGUUUCAAAUCCACAUCCUCUUACAUUCAGAACAUGAGAAAAAAAAGGGUAAUCCAUGAUGUCUGUUGGGAUCUUUUCUCAUUUCAAAAGGCUGUCUCAACUAAUCAACAUUAUUUGCUGAACAUGUUGGGGGAUAUCACAGAAGAAGGCAUCUUUUCUUUAAAUGUUGUAUUUUACAAGUCUAUGCUCUCUAACUUUAUCCUUCUUUGAUGAGCAAUAGGUGACUCAUACAUACAAAAAAGUUAGAUUCAACCACCAUAUCUAUAUCCCUUUAAAUACCAUUUCCUAAUUCCAAAGAUUCAUUCAUUAAUCAUCACCAAAAACAACAUCUCUUCCUUGAUCAUAUUUCCAUUUCAUCCAUAAAAAAUAUGAAGAACCAGAUACUCGAACAAGUCAUUGGAGUUCCAAUGAAAUCAACACUGUAUCGAGUUGAGCGAACGCCGAGACGAUACUUACCGGAUUCAGCUCGUCAGUAUCGGAUUCCAUCAUCUGUUGAAGGGUCUAACACAUUUAGAAAAGGCAAAAGAAACUUUGUACUUAAAAGGAUAAACAAUAUUGGGAAGAAAGCUGAUACUUUCGCACAUGGAGUCCGAGAACAUGUGAGGGUGGGGCCAAAGAUCAGUGAAACUGUGAAGGGAAAGUUGAGUUUGGGGGCAAGAAUUCUUCAAGUAGGAGGGGUGGAGAAGAUUUUCAAGCAAUUGUUUAGUGUUAGAGAAGGAGAGAAGUUGUUGAAGGCAUGCCAAUGCCAUUUAUCAACAACAGCAGGUCCCAUAGCUGGUUUGCUUUUUAUCUCAUCUCAAAAGGUUGCCUUUUGCAGUGAUAGAUCAAUCAAAAUCCCUUCUCCUAAUGGAGAAUUGCUCAGAGUUCAUUACAAGGUUUUGAUUCCACUUGAGAAAAUAAAGCGAGUGAACGAGAGUGAAAACAUGAAGAAACCGUCACAAAAGUACAUGGAAAUUGUGACGGUGGAUGAUUUUGAGUUCUGGUUUAUGGGUUUCUUUAAUUACCAGAAAGCUUUCAAGUACCUUCAACAAGCAAUCUCCCAAAGACUACUACAUGAUGUACUACAAGUCACUUUCUAGGUGGCUUACAAAUGUUUCUCCAUGAGCAAAGAUAUCAGGAGAUCUAUCAUCCACAAUAUCACCAGUGCCGACAAUGGAGAUAUUUCAGCACCCCAAGGGCCGAUCACUGGUCAACAAAAGAUGCUGCAGCUGGAAGCUCAUCUGAAAAUCAGCCAAACAGCUCCGUUAACAUCCUGCUGCAUCAGCUGGUGUUGGUGUUAUGGUGCUCCAACUAUAGGGCAACCAAUAAGAAGCCCCCUCGUAUCAGCUGCCAUUUGUACAAAGGAGAGUUACCGAUUUUCUGAUUUAGCCUAAAUAAGAUUUGCUUAUUUGCAAGCACAAGUUUGUGGCUUUCAUUUGUUUAAUCUCUAAAUAAGCCGUAGGAAUAGUAUAUUAGUAUGUACAUAUAUCUGUAUAGGCAACUUUGGAAAACGGAAAAUGUUAAAUACUGCAGAUUAAUGGGUAGGGCAGUAUUUUUGA